AUGUCGGCCGACUUGGUAAAGCCGCAUGACUCCCAACAAUCAACGCCAUCUCCAGCCCUACCGCACAACAUGCAUACCAACGCCGUUUCAUCUCCUUCCCAUCAUCUCUCACUGGCUGGAACUUCGAUGAUGGCACUCCCGCAAGACGUCUUUAACCUCGUUAUCGACGAGCUGGGCCGCUUACCUGAUGUCAAAACGCUCCGAGCAUGCUCCAUGACGUGUAGCUCCUUCCGCUGCCCAUCACAAUCACACAUCUUCCGUCGCGUUGACCUGGGCCGCCGUACCCCCAGAAAGAAGUACUUUCACCGCUUCGCCUCUCUGAUAUCCAAAACGCCUCGCAUCGGCACGUACGUUAGGGAUCUGCGGAUUGAGGACGACUGGGGCCGGGACGUUGUGAAUGGAGUCGUCAUUACGUGGAUUGCGCAUUCUGAGCAUCUUGUUCAGCUGUUACCCAUGCUCACCCGCCUGAUGUCGUUAACGCUGAAGUUCAACUCAGGCUUUGCGCCUUGGAACUUAUUUACGAAGGACGUUCGUACGGCAAUCAUUAAUACUCUGAGAUCUCCUGGAGUUGUAUCGGUGUCUCUUUCGCACAUUGAGGCAUUCCCACCUGCGAUCGUGUCGUCCCUGGUUAGGUUGAAGCAUUUGCAACUCUCGGCAAUCAAGCUAGACAAAACCUCUUCGCAAGAUGAAGCCUCGAAUGUGCGACCGGAGUUUCUUCUGAAGUCCCUUGAUUUCGCAAGCACUUCGAGUACCACGGUCAGGUUAUUGCAUGAAAUCAUUUCUUUUUCAUCUGCGACUACGCUCCGUAAUCUUUCUCUUGCACCGCCCGAGCAAGAUGAUCUUGGUCCUUGUGUAUGGUCCUUGAUGCAACUCCCAAAUGUUGCACAGCACCUGACGCACUUUGAAUGGAUGCCAGUACACAUCCACGCUAGAAUUGGACCCAUUGACAUCAGUAUUCUACCCAAUUUACGCUCGGUCAGGAUUCUUGUCAGCCUUCGACAGGACAUGCCUUUCGCCCAGCUCCUUCGCCUCCUCAACCAACCAACGUCACGAGCAAAUAAGAUUCAAACUAUUGCCAUGAUCUUCGACCUGACGGAUCUCCCGCAAUUUCGCGGCGCCAGCGGUUGGGUCAUGUUGGAAAACACUCUGAUGAAACUAGCUUACGGGAGAUUGAAAGAAAUGAGCUUAUUCAUGCGCGCAUGCCACAACAAUCGCCCAACAUACUUAUCAGAAGUGUUGUCAGGCAACCCUCAGGUCUACCCCCGACACAUAAACUUCUCCAAUAUGGUCGAGUUUCCCUACGAGAUUUUCUACCUCAUCAUCGAAGAAGUAGAAGACAAGUUGACGUUGAAAUCCUGCGCCCUUGUGUGCCGCUCUUUUGUUGAGCCCAGCCAGAAGAACAUAUUUCGCGUCAUCGACCUCGGUGACCGCUGUAUUACCGGGGAGGUAUAUUACAGACGGUUUUACCGCUUAAUUUCCACUCACCCUCAUAUCGCGAACUACGUCCGCGAUUUCCGCCUCGUCGACAGUUAUGUCUGGGAUCGCAAAAGCGAUUGGCAAUGGUUGGUGAAGGAACCCACCCUCCCGUUGACGUUUCAACUGCUUCCACGGCUUCAAGCGUUCUCCUUGAUAUUCACCACUGGAGAGCCCGCGUGGAAUUCAUUUGCGAGCCACGUCCAAGCCGCAAUUUUCAAAUUACUCACUAGGCGCACCAUCUCUUCGCUAUCCUUGCGCCGUAUACAUGGCGUUCCCGCCUCGCUCCUCGUUCACUUCACGCGCAUAAAACAUCUAGAGCUAUAUGAAGUUGAAAUGGACCCUUUGAAAGCGUCUUUCAAAGAUGAUCCGAGCUAUCAACGAGACUUGCGUCCUGAGCUGCGGUCCCUCACUCUGAAAUCUCCAUCUUCGUCGGUGGUGAAGGCGAUCUUUGAAUUGCUAUCCUUUUCAUGUCCUUCAACUCUCGAAAACCUUAGCAUCAUUUCCGCGAACGAGAAAGACGAGGUGUUGCGCAACGACUUGUGGACGUUGAUUGAAUGGAUGGGGUCUUCCAUCUCUCGGCUUUGGUGGAGACCGCGAACGCAUCCUAAAUUUCCGGCACUUGCUUCUGUUCUGGACAGGUCCCCUAUCUCCGAUAGACUUGGCCGUACUGCACAAUUUGCGCUCUUUGCAAUUUCUUUCUUUGCACAACUGCUUUUCCUCCUUGGGCGUGUGGCUUCAAAACGGAAUUUCGAGCAACUCGUUAUCGAAUGCGUAUUUCUUAAUCCCUUGGAACUUGCGGUAGCCAAAGAUGGAUGGUCCGCACUUGACGCAAUGUUGAUGAAGGAGGAAUUUUCUGGGCUUCGGUCUGUCAUUUUUUCAGCCCAAUGCAAGUCCGCUUCGAUGCUCAAGACUUCGGCGAUGGCUUUCCUGCGUGAGCAGCUGCCCUUAGCUCGAGGUAGAGGUAUCACCGUCGGAUUCGACAUGAAUGGUCCUUGAAUUGGUCGCUCGGUGAUGGAAAAGGAUGCCGAACCUCGGGUCGAGGGGUCGGGCAGAUAUCAUGACGUGACGUCGUUUAAUGUUAGCGAAGGUUUUCAACAGUUCUAUCUUCUAUUUAUGACGAGGUCGGUGGGUUGGUCAAUAAAAUUAAAAAUACCAAUAGACUAG